AUGCCCGACAAAGAUGCAGGAACCCCAAGGGUCUUUCUCGUAAGACACGGAGAGACCGAAUGGACCAUCUCCGGAAGAUACACCGGCCGCAGUGAUAUCCCUCUAACAGCCAACGGCGAGAAGCAAGUCUCCUCAUCCGCCAAGGUCAUUGUCGGUCCAGGGAAGAUCGUCGACCCCUCCCGAGUCGCCCACCUGUUCGUCUCCCCUCGCACCCGCGCCCAACGCACCUACGAACUCCUCUUCGACGAUGCCUCUCGCUCCAGGCUUCGAGAAAACUACGAGACCAGCGAGGACAUCCGAGAGUGGGAGUAUGGGGCGUAUGAAGGGCUGUUGACAGCUCAGAUCAGGGCUGCGCGUAGAGAGAAGGGCUUGGACAAGGAGAGGCCGUGGAAUAUCUGGGUCGAUGGAUGUGAAGAGGGAGAGUCGGCUGACGAGGUCAAGGAGAGACUUGAUCGGAUUAUUGUGAAGAUUCGGGAGAUGCAGGGGCCGUAUAUGAAUGGGGAGAAGGCUGUGGAUGUCGUCCUCAUUGCGCAUGGACACAUCUUGAGGGCUUUUGCUAAGAGGUGGAUUGGGUUCGAACUCAGCCAGGGAUUGCCCAUGAUGCUAGAGCCGGGAGCUAUUGGUGUCUUGUCUUACGAGCACCAUAAAGUUGACGAGCCGGCCUUCUUGCUCGGCAUCAAUAUGGGAGGAAGCGAAUAG